AUGGGAGAUAAGUAAGCAGAUGAUUCUGCUAAUAUCAGGGUUAUAUGCCGUAUGAGACCUCUUAAUUCUUUAGAAAAAAGUACAGGAGGAGAAACAUGUAUAGAAUACGAUGAAAAAAGAAUAUUCUGUAAAGUGAUUGGAACUGAGAAGCCGCAUGAGUUUACAUUUGAUAGAGUAUUUGGCCCAAAUGUUGCAUAGAAAGAUGUAUUCGAAAUCGUUGCAAGUCCUGUUAUUGAAAGUGUUAUGGCUGGAUAUAAUGGAACUAUUUUUUGUUAUGGGCAGACCUCUUCAGGAAAGACUUUUACUAUGGAGGGACCAGAUGAUGUUAAUUAAGAAACUAAAGGGUUGAUUCCAAGAAUGAUGGAUCGCGUUUUUGAAACAAUUCUUAAUUCAAGCGAAGAUUUAGAAUUUCAAAUUAGGGUUUCAUUUUUAGAAAUUUAUAAUGAAAAAGUCCAGGACUUGCUAGAUCCUGAUAAAAAUAAUUUGCAAAUUAAAGAAAAUAAAGCUAGAGGUAUAUAUGUGUAGGAUGCUACUGAAGUUUAUGUUACAAGCGCGAUAGAAAUGAAUUAAGUUAUGAAAACAGGAUCUUCAAACCGUACUAUCGCUGCUACAAGAAUGAAUGAAAGAUCUUCUAGAUCUCACAGUUUAUUCUACUUGCAAGUUUUUAAAAAAAAUUUAUAAAAUGAUACCACAACUAUAAGUAAGCUCUACUUUGUUGAUUUAGCUGGAAGUGAAAAAAUUAGCAAAACGAAUGUUUCUGGACAAUAAUUAGAAGAAGCAAAAAAUAUAAAUAAGAGUUUAACUUGUUUGGGUAUGGUUAUAAAUGCGCUUACUUCUAAUGGGAAAGAGCAUGUGCCAUACAGAGAUUCAAAGUUAACAAGAAUAUUAUAAGAAUCGUUAGGAGGUAAUGCCAGAACAACUUUAGUAAUAAAUAUAUCUAUGUGCAGCUACAAUGAUAAAGAAACGCUUUCUACUUUAAGAUUUGGCUUUAGAGCUAAAAGCAUUAAAAAUAAGCCAAAAAAAAACGAAGAAAAGAGUGCUAAAGAGCUUAUGCUACUUUUAGAAGCAGCAGAAAGCAAAAUAAAGUACCAGGAAGAAAUUAUUUCUACUUUAUAGCUUCAGAUUGGUGGUGACAGAGCAUCCAUUGAUACGUUAAAAUCUUAAGACGGAGAUAGAAAAGACUCUCUUUCAAGACCAGUAAGCAAAAUUCCAAAGGGUGAGCACUAAGAGUAAAGUGCAUCUAUGAAAUUACUCAAAUAACAUAUUGAAUUAGUUAAGAUGAGAGAAAAAAUUGAUAAUUUUACUCGUUAGCUAAAUGAUUAAGAAAUGGAACUUUCCAACAAAUAAAAUGAAAUUUUGACACUUAGAGAAGACAAGGAUGAGUUUGAAAAGAAAAUUUAAGAAUAGGUUAUUAUCAAUAAUGAUAUGCAAAAAGAAUUUUAAGAAGUUAUAAAUGAAGAAAGAGCAUCUAAAAAUAAUGCAAUUUAGGAUAUAACUAUAUUAAUUGAUUAAUUUAGGAGACUUAAAUCAGAUUUAAGCUUUGUACUAAUCAGUGAAAAAGCUUCUACUUUUGAAUAGGCUGUUAAUAUUUCUGAAAAAGAAGAAGGAAAGUAAUUAGAUUAGCGUUAAGGGGAGUAAACACCUAAGGAAAUAAAGAGAUUAACUUCAGAUACAAAAGAUUCUAUUGAUAAAGCUGUUGAAAUUAUAGAAAAAAUUGCUUAAAAAUACAAUAUAGAUACAGGCUUUGAAAAUAUGCCAACAAGUGAAUAAACCAUUUAAAUAGAUGAAAAGAAAAAUGAAAACAUUAUUGAUAAGACCUUUUAACUUCCUAAGGUUCCAAUUCUUCAAUAAAUAACAUUUUCUUAACCUUCAAACGAAGAUGCUUAAGAAAGACUAUCUGUCCUGUUAUAAAAUGUAAAAAAAAAUAAUAUAACUAGCUCAGAAUACAAGGAAUACUUAAGCACAGAAGAAGAUGAUAUAAGAUUAUAAACUACAGAGAGUGAAAGUGAUUAUAAAUUUAUGAAUGAAGAUUUAGAUAAAGAAGCAGCUGAUAUUAUUGUUGAGAGGGAUGAAGAACAGGAAGACUAUGAAAAUUUGAUUUAAAGAAAAGAUACAGAAAAUGACCCUAUAAAUUAAGUUAAUAAAAAUAUAGCUUAAAUUAUGGAUUAGAUUAAUUAAAAUCAAUAAGAGAGUAAAAUAGAGGAGCAGCUGCUUUCACUUUAAGAAACUAUCCACCAUUAAAAUGAAAAAAUUAAAAAUCUUAAUGAGCUAAACUUACAAGCCUAAAAUAAAGUAAAUCAUUACAAGCAAGCCAUUGAAAAGAGAACUAAUAAAUGUAAAUAAGCUAUUUUAUAAUAGAGAAAAUUCUCUAAAGAAAAAAUCAAUAAACUUGAGGAAAUAAUUUCAACCUAUCUUGGUGUUUUUGAAUAAAUGCAAAAAGAUUUCAACAGCAAAAAAGUUGUAUAUGAAAAAUAAAUUAUGGAAAAAAAUAUUUAAAUAAAUGAAUUAAAUGAAUUUGUUGAAGAUUUCAAAAGAAACAUAAAGAAUAAAACUCCACAUUAGACUAUCUCAGAGCAGUAAGUAAAAAUCAAAGAACUUCUUAAGGAAAGAAAGCAACUAUUUUCAGAAAUUCAGAGAUUAAGAAAAGAAAACGAUUAAAAAGAUGAUAAAAUUAAAAAGUAAGAAACUGAUCUUACUUGUGCAAGAGAAACAUACCUAAAAUCAGGUUUACCCAGUUCUUAGGCCAUAAGUGACCAUUCACCUUUAAAUUAAGUUGUUUUUACAAAAUCAAAUGACAACUUAUCCUAAUGUGCAAGUGUGAGAAAUGCAUUCAUUAAUUAUGAUUAAAACUAUUAAAAUAGAUUGUAAAAUGAAAGAAGUGGUAAUAAUUCUAUGUAAAAUUCGGGAUCAAUUCAUGGAAGUUCAUAAUUAGCUUUGAAAAUGUAAUAUAAAAAUAUGAUGAGAGGAACAGCUAUUAGAGGAGGUGGAGGAAGUAAAUCAAAUUUUGAGAAAAUUAACAACCUUGGAUUCUAAUUAGUGGAAGAAGAUGAAUUGCUUGAAAGAAAUAGCUCUAAAUACAGCUAAUUGCACUCCUUUACUGAAGAAAACUCUUCACCUUUGCAAGGUAAAAACAUGAAAAUAAUAAAUACAGAAGAAGAAGACUCUCGCCCCUAAGCAUUUAAUUUACACAGAAGUGCUCACAAAUUUUAACAAAAAAUGAAAAUAAAAAAUCUUGAUUAAGAUUAAGAUUCUUCUUCAUCUUCUCAGUCUAAGCUGAGUCAAUCUUCUAAACUAAUUAGUUCUCAAAGAGGUCAAAUUACAUAACAAUAAACAUCUUAAUAACAAAUAUAGUAUUCGCAGUUGUAAUAGCAGAAAGAGAAAAAAGAAGAAAAUACCUAAGAAACAGGUUUUAUUAAUAGAAUAAAAUAGUUCUUUCUUUGA